AUUUCGACCCUAGACAGCAGCUAAAGAUCCCAUAGGAUUGGGUGGCCGUUGGAAGCCUGACACUUUCAGUUCUCGAUCCAUUGGACGGCCCGGGAUCCCGCUUGACUGCAGGUUUCCCCCAAACACUAUCCUGUGAUUGGCAGAGGUGCGACCAACUAUUCUUCAAGAGGGUUAACUCCUUAGAUUUAGACGUUUUAGAGCGGUGUAAAAAUCAGUUGACGCCGUCUCUAGUUUACCCACACUUCAUCCAUCCCUUCGGUAACUAUACAGCUUAGCCUAUCUUGCAACUUAUCUGGAGAAGGAUAAGCUCCAGCGACUAGGGCUAUUAGCGCCCCCUCUCAAUGGCGGCCCCUGUCUUCAAGAAUUCUUCUAGGCACCCGAAGCGGGUCAUCCUACAACUUAGGGUGGACCAGUUCAUUGACUGCUUGCAAGAGGAUUUCGAAAAGGCCAUUGAAAAGUAUCUGAUCUUGUCGGGCCGAUCCAUGAGUGAGAUCCGCUCAGGGAGACAUUUUAUCCAUAUAGAGCCCUUCCAGAGUGAGGAUGUGCCUCAGAAAUAUUUCCAUAUCGUUCUCGAUAUGGAGCAAAGCCAGGGACCUGUCAAUUUUCACACUUUAUCCCAUGAGCUAUUUUACAUCCGUCGGACGGACAAAGGGAUGCAGUUAUUCAAAACGAAUAACCAGCUCAUGGCGGAGAACCUGCUGAAGAAAAUGCGUAUCUAUACGGACGAUUUAUAUCCUUGGGGAAGAACUCGAGCGUGACUGUUCGUUCCCGGCAACGGUUAACACUCAAACUUCGAGUCCCACGACGUUAUGCGUUAAGAGAGAAUCGUGUCAUUGUUGCAACUUCAUGCCCAUUUUCAACUUGUCCCUCCGUUUUGGUCGCUCUUCUCCUUAGCUCCGCCAUUUGCAAAGCGUGCUCACUGGGGUCAUGCAAGGGACUUUAGCGCGCCGCGAAGCAAUAUAUUAAUAUGUGCUCUUGCUAUGACUGCUAUUUAGCCGGCUGAGGCUUUUUUUUUUUUUUUACACCUUAUGCUCUUGACUCUUGUUCGUAGCCAAUGAUUCGACGCAAACAGAACUCUGAUACUAGAGGCCUGAUAGAUUGCUAUUAAUUAGUUGUCCACGCUUGCUGAUUUAGGUAGUCUGGUGGGUGAUCGUGCUUGGGCUGAUAUGUUAAGUUGUCAGCCACAAGCCAGUGCGUAAACUAAGAGAGCAUCAACCUUAGAUAAAUACAAGCAGUAUGGAUUGAUGA